AAGCUCGCGACCUAGCACUUUCAGCAUGCUGUGUCGAGCAUCGCUUUACACUCAACCGCCAUGUCGGUCCAGGCAGCCUGGGAGAGCUGCUCCAAGAUUGAUACUCUGUUCAUUCUUGUGUGUUCUGUCUUUUGCUGGCUAAUCAUUCCUGCUGUCGGUCUUGCCUACUCGGGUUACUCUACACGCUUUAACAGUCUCGCAUCCUUCUACCCUGGUUUGCUGGCGGUCGCUGUCUGUACCAUUCAAUGGUGGAUGAUUGGGUACUCUCUCGCCUACAGCGAGGGGAACAGCGUUAUUGGAGAUCUCAACAAGGCUUUUCACGUUGGAGUUCUUGCUGAACCCGUCGGUUCUAUCCCCGAGAUCUUGUUCUCGGAGUUCCAGCUCAUCUUCUGCGCUACUGUGUGUGCAAUCGCGAUCGGUGGAGCCUGCGAGCGUGGGCGUCUACUUCCCUUAAUCCCUUUCAUCUUCCUAUGGUGCACCUUCAUCUAUGCACCUCUUGCCCACAUGGUCUGGUCUGAAACAGGGUUUCUCGCCAACCUUGGUGCCCUCGACUUCGCUGGAGGCACGCCAGUUCAUAUUUGCAGCGGAGCCACAGCCACUGCUCUAAGUGUGUAUCUAUCCUAUCCUCUGUUCCGUUCACGACGCUCCUCGUUGCGCACCCCGAGCCAUCUCGCUCUUCACCGCCCACACAAUACACUUUGUCAACUUCUCGCUCUAAUCAUCAUCUGGAACGCCUGGCUUGCCUUCGACGCGGGCACCACCCUCGCCCUCAAUUUCAAGAGCGUCAUGGCCGCCUGUGUGACCAACCUAUGCGCUGCCUCAGGGGCCAUCACAUGGGCUAGUCUCACGUAUUACCAUACUGGCAAAUGGAGUCUAGACAGCACCUUUCUCGGAGCGAUCGCGGGACUCGUCCUCAUCACCCCAAGCGCCGGUUUUAUUGACAUGCCGACCGCAAUGGGAUUUGGUGUUCUCGGCGCAGUCUGUGGCUACCAGGCUCUGCGCAUCAAGUUCACCAAACACGCGAAAUACUACCGCUGGGUUGAUAAUGGCGAUACUUUCGCCACGCACUGUCUUGGUGGGUUUCUGGGCACCAUAGUCACGGGCCUCUUUGCGCAAAAGGAAGUGGCUGCGUAUGACGGAGUCACGGAAAUCACGGGUGGGUGUCUCUUUGACGGGAACUGGAGACAACUUGGGAUCCAAGUCGUCGAGGCGCUGAUCGGCUUCGUCUGGAGUUUUGGAGGAAGUUAUUUACUCUAUGCAUUGAUCGAUUGUGUGCCUGGGUUGGAGGUUCUGGCUACAGAUGAUGAGGUUAUUUCUGGGCUGGACAAGUCUCAGAUGGACGAGUCGUUGCACGAAGCUCAAUGGGCUGGAGAGGAGGAGUACCAUCCAUUCCAAGGCUCAGUCCAGAUAUAGAAGGGCAUAUCGGUGGCUUAUGGAUGAAUUGGCUAUUUGCUGGCACUGCUUCACUAUUAUCAAAAGCUUGAAGCUGUGCCAAAAAGUGAAAAGAGCGAUCUCUAUGCUCACUCAGUUGACAACAACCAACACUUUAGCACUAGACAACGAAAAGCACCUAAC